AUGGUGCCUACCGUGACGAUUGCACCCCGUCGACCUGCUGUGUACCUUGAUGAGAACCUCUUCAACCACCACAACGCUCGGCAUGCCGACAGUUUGCAUGAUCCUACGGAUGACACCAUGACGAAACACAAGCACAAAGGGCGACGCUACUGCUUCAUCGCCGGUAUCCUUGAUGGCGGUUCCGACGUGUCCGGUCUGGACAUAUUCGUUUGUGGUAAGAAGAAUGGCAAGACGGUGAAAGACUACCAUUUAAUGUUCAACCAUGAUUACUUUGUUGAUUGUUUCGACAAGCUUCUUGACAAAGUUGAAGAACUGGGGUGGGCGUCAGCGGUAUUCGUCAUGGAUAAUGCCCAAUAUCAUAAGGGCAAGCCGAAGUCCACGUCUAAGGGAACAUGGAAGAACAGCGCGCUCUACGAAGCUUUUGUACAGUACCAGCUCCAGGAUGUUUCGCCAACUGACCUGAAGUCGACGAUCUGGAAGACGUUGAAGAGGCACCUGGAUGAGCAUGUCCCUCCUGUCGUGGUGUCCAUGCCGCGAUCGCGUGGCCAUCAUGUCGUCUACGCAGCACCUGGGUUUUCCAAGCUACAGCCAACCGAAAUGGUGUGGGCCAACGUGAAGGAUGUCUACGACCGGUUGGAGCGUGCUUUUCACGAGUUGGACUCCGGUGUCAUCUGCAAUACUAUCAAAACAUCGACGGAAAAUCUCCUUGCUCUGCACCAGGCGCUCCGUGCUGCCGAAGAAGUGGAGCCCAUCUGCUAUGACCAAGCAAACAAUAGCGACACACCUCUCAACGAAGACUCGUCUUCAUCUAGCGAGAGUAGUAGUUGUGAAAGCGAAGGCUAA